AUUCCCCAAGUUAAAACAUGUUAAUUUUCCUACUCUUCUUAAUUUCAACUUUGAUUCCUCCAUUUUCGACCCAGGAAAUCAACCUGCAAUGCGCCGAAGAUGUGAUUCGAACCCUUCAAGCGGCCCUGGUUGAAAGAUCAACCUGGGCACUGAAGAUGAUUGACGCAACAACGAAAUAUCCGGACGGCAUCGCAUAUGGAAACUGGGACCAAAUGGGCCACUGGGACGAGUGCUUAUCUGUGAGCAGCGACGACGCCUCGAUUAAAGGUCAAUACUGCAGAGUGACGCUUGUUGGUCUGGUAAAUCAGACUGCUCUGUUCAAUCAAACAUCUGUGAGCAGUGAGCUGGCGCAAAUCCCAAAGUUACAAGGAAGAGUGGCCACAUCAGACACGACAAUCGCUUUGCGAGCGUCAGUUUGCGUGCCGGCGAGUUGCAAACCUUUUGACGUUUCUGUCCUUGUGUCGGGACUCUUCCUUUUGCUAACACCGGACGUGCCGGUUCUUGCGUCAGUCCGCAAAGAGGAAUGUUUUUCUUUGGAAACGGCGACGCCACCGCUGGAGACGGGAUCCAUCGUGUUUUUAGCCGUGUCGGCAAUUAUACUUGUUUCGGUGGUAGGAGCAACAGUGCUUGAUCUUUGCGGCCAGGGAAACGGACUGAUUAAAUCUUUGAGUGCGGUGGCCACGACCCGGCAACUAUUAAGCGGCAGAGAAGGGUCACUUGGUUGCUUAAAUGGACUUAAAGUUCUCAGCAUGCUGUGGGUCGCGCUGGGACACAAAUACGAAUCAAUGAUAAUAGUGGGCGCCUCUAAUCCUGUACAAGUCUUUCCAUAUCUAAGACAAACUGCCUUUAUGAUAGUCGCAAAUGCCUACAUGGCGGUGGACUCUUUUUUCUUCAUCGGAGGUUUUUUGCUGGCGCGCAGCUUCUUCAGAUCUUCCGACCAGCAGCCCUUUGAUGCCGUCAAGUUCUACGUUUAUCGCUACCUUAGGCUGACAGUGCCUUUGGCCAUCAUGGUUGCCUUUUACCUGACCGUGCUCAAUCACUUUGGAAACGGCCCCAUCUGGUUCUUGUUAAUUGGUCAAAGGUUCAUUGGGACCUGCCAAGAGAAUUGGUGGCAAGUGGUGGCCUAUGUGAACAAUUAUAUCGGAAUUGAUAGACAAUGUCUGGAGCAGUCGUGGUACACUUCAGUGGACAUGCAAGUCGCUUGGUUAUCUCCGAUGCUUCUGCUGCCUCUCGCUCAUUCACCAAAAGCUGGGCUCCAGCUGGCCUCUCUGCUUUUGGUUUUUUCUUGUGCCCUGCCCGGCGUGGUCACCUACCUCAAUAAUUACCCGUGGUCAGCCGACAUCAUAAACACCUACUUUGACGUUUAUCGCUGGCUUGCGGAUAUUUAUAACCCAACCCACGCCAGACUCACACCAUACAUUGUUGGAAUACUUUUGGCGUAUUUUAUGCAAAGCAAUAAUGCAAAAUCACUAAAAAUUGGAAAGAAGAUAGUUAUGCUAGGUUGGACACUGAGCACUGCCGUAUGUCUGGCCGUGCUAUUCACAGUGGUAAUAUCAUUCAGAGAAGAUUACGUUCCCGACCCGAUCGCCGCCGGUUUUUACGCCGGUCUGCACAAAUUAGGAUGGUCUUUGGGGCUCGCCUGGAUCGUUUUUGCCUGUUCUAACGGACUGGGUGGACCGGUCAACUCGAUUCUGUCGUGGAAACACUUCGGGCCUCUCAGCACUUUGACAUAUGCGGCCUACUUGACCCACUUGGUCGUGAUGGGGGUACAGGCUGGCAGCAAAAAAGUGCCGAAUUACGUUUCGCAUUACGACACGGUGCACGCCUUCUUCGCCGACCUUCCUUUCAUCUGGGCCGCCUCGUGCAUCCUUUACUAUCUGGUCGAAGCACCCGUGAUGGUGCUGCUGCGAUUCUUAUUGAAAGGAGGAUCAAGAGGCGCGACUCGGAAAAGCGGAAAAACGGUUUGAGAAACCCUUUUUUCACAAGUUAAAUAUGAAAUCUAUAAGGAUUGUAAAUAAAAAAAUUUUGAAUAAAAAAUAUUGUUAUUAAUAGAAGAAAAACAGAAACUUAUGUAUCUACAAAUUAUUUU